AUGGAAACAGAUUGGAUUCGCUUUGUGCAAAAAUAUCAUCAAUGUCAAUUUCAUGGUGAUCUGAUUCACGCUCCACUAAAUCAACUCAAUAUGACAAGUUCUCCUUGGCCGUUUAAAGCUUGGGGCAUGGAUGUCAUCGAUCCUAUUGAACCAUCUACAUCAAAUGGAUAUUGGUUCAUUUUUGUAGCUAUUGAUUAUUUCACCAAAUGGGUAGAAGCCCCUUCAUACAAGUUUGUGACAAAGAAAGUGAUGAAUGAAGCAGCUGAGGCUGCCAACAAGAACAUCAAAUGGAUAUUACUGAAGAUGAUUGAUAACUACAAGCAUUGGCAUGAGAAUUUGCCAUUUUCCCUCCUUGGCUAUUGCACCACUAUUAGGACUUCUAUUGGAGCAACACCUUAUCUGUUAGUUUAUGGAAUAGAAACAGUAUUACCUAUAAAAGUGGAUAUACUGUCUUUGAGAAUAAUUCAAAAAGCUGAGUUGAGUGAUGCCAAAUAG